AUGUCCGCGGAUCUAAGGUUUGACGGCCAGGUCGUCGUCGUGACCGGUGCUGGCGGUGGCCUCGGCAAGGCCUACGCUACCUUCUUCGCCUCUCGAGGAGCCAGCGUCGUCGUCAACGACUUGGGCGGUUCUUUCAAGGGUGAGGGCAACUCUUCAAAGGCUGCCGAUGUUGUUGUCAACGAGAUCAAGGCUGCCGGCGGCAAGGCCGUUGCCAACUACGAUUCCGUCGAGAACGGCGAGCGCAUCAUCGAGACCGCCAUCAAGGCUUUCGGCCGCGUCGACGUGUUGAUCAACAACGCCGGUAUCCUCCGCGAUAUCAGCUUCAAGAACAUCAAGGAUGAGGACUGGGACCUCAUCAUCAAGGUCCACGUCAAGGGCUCCUACAAGUGCGCCAAGGCUGCUUGGCCCUACUUCAGGAAGCAGAAGUAUGGCAGGGUCAUCAACACUGCCUCUGCUGCCGGUCUCUUUGGCAGCUUCGGCCAGACCAACUACUCUGCUGCCAAGCUCGGUCUCGUCGGUUUCACUGAGACCCUUGCCAAGGAGGGCAUCAAGUACAACAUUCUCGCCAACGCCAUUGCUCCCAUUGCUGCCAGCCGCAUGACCGAGACUGUUAUGCCUCCCGAUGUGCUCCAGAACCUCAAGCCCGACUGGGUUGUUCCCAUCGUCGCCUGCCUCGUCCACCCCUCCAACACCACCGAGACCGGCUCCAUCUUCGAGGCUGGCGCCGGCCACGUCGCCAAGCUCAGGUGGGAGCGAUCCAGCGGUCUUCUUCUCCGCCCCGAUGAGACCUACACCCCCGGUGCCAUCCUUAAGCAGUGGAACAAGGUCACCGACUUCUCCAACCCCCAGCACCCCACCGGCCCUAACGACUUCCUCACCCUCCUCGAGGAUGCCGUGAAGCUCGGACCCAGCCCUGCCGGUGAGAAGCUCGACUUCACCGGCCGUGUCGCCCUCAUUACUGGAGGUGGCGCUGGUAUCGGUCGUGCCUACGCCUUGGCCUUCGCCAAGCACGGUGCUUCCGUCGUUGUCAACGAUCUCGUCAACCCCGACGAUGUCGUCAACGAGAUCAAGAAGCUCGGUGGCAAGGCCGCUGGUGUCAAGGCCUCUGCUGAGGACGGUGAGGCCGUCGUCAAGGGCGCCAUCGACGCCUUCGGCCGCAUUGACAUCGUUGUCAACAACGCCGGUAUCCUCCGUGACAAGGCCUUCACCAACAUGACUGAUGACCUCUGGGACCCCGUCAUCAACGUUCACCUCCGUGGUACCUACAAGGUUACCAAGGCCGCUUGGCCCUACUUCCUUAAGCAGAAGUAUGGUCGUGUCAUCAACACCACCUCUACCAGCGGUAUCUACGGUAACUUCGGACAGGCCAACUACGCCGCUGCUAAAGCCGGUAUCCUUGGUUUCUCCAGGGCGCUCGCUCUUGAGGGCGCCAAGUACAACAUCUACGUCAACACCAUUGCCCCCAACGCCGGUACCGCCAUGACCAAGACCAUUCUCCCCGAGGAGCUCGUCCAGGCCUUCAAGCCCGACUACAUCGCGCCCUUGGUCCUCGCCCUCGCCAGCGACAAGGUCCCCAACCCCACCGGUGGCCUCUACGAGGUCGGCAGCGGUUGGUGCGGCCAGACCAGGUGGCAGCGAACCGGCGGACACGGCUUCCCCGUCGACGUCACCCUGACCCCCGAGGAGGUCCUCAAGUACUGGAAGGACAUUGUCACCUUUGACGAGAGGGCGGACCACCCCGAGAAGGGCCAGGAUGGCUUGAAGAAGAUCAUGGCCAACAUGGAGAACAAGAAGAACAAGGCCGGCUCUGGCGACAAUCAGUACCUUAAGGCCAUCGCAGAGGCCAAGCAGGCCAAGGCCAAGGGCACCGAGUUCACGUACGAGGAGCGCGACGUAAUGCUCUACAACUUGGGCAUCGGCUCCAAGCGCACCGAUCUUAAAUAUGUCUAUGAGGGUUCCGAGGACUUCCAGGCCCUCCCCACCUUCGGUGUCAUUCCCCCCUUCAACGCCGAAUCCCCCUACAACCUCGAUGACCUCGUGCCCAACUUCUCGCCCAUGAUGCUCCUGCACGGCGAGCAGUUCCUCGAGAUCAAGAAGUACCCCAUCCCCACCUCAGGCACCCUCGUCUCGUACCCCAGGCUCCUCGAGGUUGUCGACAAGGGCGCCGCCGCUAUCGUCAGGACGGGCAUCACCACCGUCAACAAGGCCACGGGUGAGGACGUAUUCUACAACGAGAUGACCGUCUUCCUCCGAGGCUGCGGAGGCUUCGGCGGGCCCAAGAAGGCCGAGGAUAGGGGCGCCAGCACGGCGGCGAACGCGCCGCCUAAGAGGUCGCCUGACGCUGUUGUUGAGGAGAAGACUACCGAGGAGCAGGCUGCCAUUUACAGGCUGAGCGGAGAUUACAACCCUCUGCACAUUGACCCUGGUUUCGCCAAGAUGGGCGGAUUCAAGGUCCCUAUCCUUCACGGUCUUUGCUUCUUCGGCAUUGCUGGAAAGGCUGUCUACGAGCGAUUCGGCCAGUUCAAGAACAUCAAGGUCCGCUUCGCCGGCACCGUCCUCCCCGGCCAGACCGUCGUGACGGAGAUGUGGAAAGAGGGCAACAAGGUCAUCUUCCAGACCAAGGUCAAAGAGACUGGAAAACUUGCCAUUGGAGGUGCCGCUGUUGAGCUCGUUUAA